AUGCAGAAGCCAUCAACGGACCAGAUUCACGUGCUGGUGAAGGUUCCUGAGCAAGAACACGCACAAACUGGAUUGUGGCUUGUCACUGGAUCCGUUGACAACGCGCUGAACACGAAAGGGAUUCGCUGCAAACUGUACUGGAUGGCGACGUUACGCAUUGGAUACUACGAUCCUACGCGCUGCAUCGGCAACAAGAAUGUCGCGUUUUGGUAUGAAGACAAGAAAUUGUGUUUUCAUGUUUUAUUCGAGACAAAAGAUGCUGCUUUGCUGUUCGAAACUGACUUAAGGACUGGGCCACAAACGCUGGGCUCUCCGUUAACUAACCAGGUUGUUGAGACGCGUGUUGCACCAGCUAACGCUGUGUCUACUGAUCUCCAGCGCGUCUUCUACUGCGACUACGUUCCAGACGAUUCGGAAUCUCCUCAAAACACAGUUUCAUCGAUAUCGUUGACUACAAGCGUUUCGAAUCUGGACUCAUCGACUGACGAGUUUCGUUUUCAGCGGAUUGAGGACGCGAAGUUCUUCCUACCGUACGGCAAGGCAGAAAGCUGCCAUUUGGUGUCGAGAAAGCAAAGCAGAGACCACAAACGGGAAUUCGCCAAGUACGAUCGCGACUCAAACAACAGGCUUGCGCUUUCUCGCGAAAUGCAUGGUUGGUUCGACGGUAUGAGCAUUGAGGUUCCCAUCGUCAACAUGCUACCCGGAUCUGUUGAAGAGAAUCAAUCCAUUGGCAACAGACGCAAGGUCGAGGUCUUCGUGAAGGUUCUGGAUGCUCAGUGCACAGAUCGCGUUUUCAGUCGUUUGAAAGGAGGAUCAACCACGACGGACGAUCCGCUCAUGAUGAAGACGUUUGUUCACGUGGAGGAUCCAGAAACAUUUUGUUUGUGCAUGAGGUGGAAGCACGACGAUAAUGCGGAGCGUUGGAGAAGCUUUUGGGAUAUGACUCCUGCGGUCGAUUGAAUGGAAUAAUGUGGCUCCCGAGUUAAAUACUUCGAAGUAGUAUUUGAUUUCUUGACAUACUUUGAUCCUGAUAAAUAUAAAGUUAGUAAUAUACAAAGAUGGCGUA